AGGACGUCACAUCAUCAUCAGCAGUCGUCCUCACUGCUGUGCUGCUUUGCUUGGCUUGCAGUCUGCACAGCACAUCUUGUUUUUGUGUGUGUGUGUGUGUGAGACACCACUUGAACACUUUACACGACUGGAGAAAUUUGUCUAGGAAUUAGCCUGUUCGUUUUCCGGGAAUAGCGAAGGAUAAUUUAUGCGAAUGAAGAGACAUGGUUUUUAGGGGUAGAAGACAGACUGCCUGGCUGUCUUUACUUCCAGCCAGAAUUAAAGCUACUUUGAUGCAGCGGCAUAGCUAACAAGCUAACUAGGAAUGUUUUCAGAAACUAGCCAGUUUGUUAGCUUUCUAGCUAGCUAAAUUGACCGGAAAAUACGCUGUCGAGAUUUAGCAAAUAGUUCCAAAGAGACUUUAUGUUUCGACAAGUCCAAGAACUGUGGCAACGUCUCAGAGUGGGUAUGUUGAAUGUUUAGGGCUCUAGUGCCCGCUUGGUUGCUAGUUCCCAACAGGGACAAUAGUUAACUGUCCAGGCAACAAGUCUGGAACACACUGCUGCUUUAACGUUAACUUACUUAAGUUUUUAGAUUUAGAUUAAGAUUUUUGUGCAGUGCAGUUAUUUGGUAGCGUUGGUUGUAGUUGGCUAGACACGAACAUGCUGUGGUAAAGAUGAGUGUUUUGUACAAAGUAAAUGUAAUGUUAUUGAGAGGAAAGUAAGGUGUCACAUAAACGCUGAUCCCAGUAUUUAAGUGGAUCACUCUGUAGUAUAGGAAAAACUCGUGUCAGUUAGUCGAUAAAACUGUUGACGAGGAGACGAGGUGGAUGAACAUUAUAAAUCGCCCACAUGCUUUGGAUUAGUUCCCGGACUUGUGAAAGGCAUCUGAAGCAGAAGGUGGGAAACGUGAUCGCACAACCCUUGCAGCCCGGGGGAAGAUGGCGGAGCGUUCCCGCAGGAGGUGGUGAAACCAAAACUUGGGGACUUCUUGGAUUUAUCGCCAGACAUCUUAUCCCAGACCAUAGGACACAUGCAGGCCAAAAAACGGUAUUUAACUCUGUUCUCCGCCGGUGCGUGUCUUAUUCUGUUGUUUUGUUUUGGGGGGAUACAAGUCCCGCUAUCCAGACGUGGUCCCAGCCGGCGUGAUGACCGCAGCCUCACCGGUUAUCAUCCAGGGCUGCGGUGGCGUCGCUUACCCGGCUCCCUGCAGCCUUACAGCUCUUGGGAGGAAGACGGUGAUCACAGUGAACACAUAUCUCCUAGGCAGAAGAGGGACGCUAACUCAGGCGUUUACACUGGAAAACGCUGCAGAAUGGAAUCCUGUUUUGAUUUCUCCCUGUGUGAGAGGAAUGGAUUUAAAGUUUAUGUCUACCCCCAGCAGAAAGGGGAGAAGAUGUCAGAGAGUUAUCAGAACAUCUUGUCCUCUAUUGAAGGAUCCAGGUUCUAUACACCUGAUCCAGGACAGGCAUGCCUGUUUGUCCUGAGUUUGGACACCCUGGACCGAGACCAGCUUUCGCCCCAGUAUGUCCACACCUUGAAAGCAAAAAUCCAGAGUCUUGCUCUGUGGAACGGGGGCAAAAACCACAUCAUCUUCAACUUAUACUCUGGUACCUGGCCAGACUACACGGAAGACAUUGGCUUUGACAUUGGGCUGGCCAUGUUGGCCAAGGCCAGCAUUAGCACAGAGAACUUUAGGCCCAACUUUGAUGUUUCUAUCCCUCUAUUCUCUAAAGAGCACCCGAGGACAGGAGGGGAAAGGGGCUUCCUGAAACAUAACACCAUUCCCCCUUACAGGAAGUACAUGCUUGUAUUUAAAGGGAAGAGGUACCUAACUGGAAUAGGUUCAGACACAAGGAACGCUUUAUAUCAUAUUCAUAAUGCAGAAGACGUGGUCCUCCUCACCACCUGUAAGCAUGGGAAAGACUGGCAGAAGCACAAGGAUGCACGCUGUGACAAAGACAACGCAGAGUAUGACAAGUAUGACUACAGAGAGAUGCUGUACAACUCCACAUUCUGUCUGGUACCGCGAGGACGACGGCUGGGUUCCUUUCGCUUCUUAGAGGCUUUGCAGGCAGCUUGUGUGCCAGUGAUGCUGAGUAAUGGCUGGGAGCUUCCCUUCUCAGAGAUCAUCAAUUGGAAUACAGCAGCUGUGAUUGGGGAUGAAAGGCUGCUGUUACAGAUCCCAUCAACAGUGCGCUCCAUCCACCAGGAUCAGAUCCUGUCCCUGAGACAACAGACGCAGUUCCUGUGGGAGGCCUACUUCAACUCUGUGGAGAAGAUAGUACUCACAACACUGGAGAUCAUCCAGGACCGCAUAAUGCAGCACACAUCAAGGAGUAACCUCAUGUGGAACAGUCUGCCUGGAGGCCUUUUCACCCUGCCUCAGUACUCCACAUACCUGGGAGAAUUCCCCUUCUUCUACGCUAAGCUGGGUGUUAAGCCAUACUCCAAGUUUACAGCAAUCAUUCACGUGGUGACACCACUGGUCUCCCAGUCCCAGCCAGUCAUGAAGCUGCUUGUGGCUGUGGCUAAAUCCCAGUACUGUGCUCAGGUGAUAGUUCUGUGGAACUGUGACAAACCUCUUCCUGCCAAGCACCGCUGGCCUCCCACCACAGUCCCUGUCAUUGUUAUAGAAGGCGAAAGCAAGGUUAUAAGCAGUCGUUUUCUGCCCUAUGACACCAUCCCCACUGAUGCUGUACUCAGUCUGGAUGAGGACACUGUGCUCUCCACUACAGAGGUGGACUUUGCCUUCACAGUGUGGCAGAGUUUCCCAGACCGCAUCGUUGGUUACCCAGCCCGUAGCCACUUCUGGGACAGCAACAAGGAGCGAUGGGGCUACACUUCCAAAUGGACCAAUGACUACUCGAUGGUGCUGACCGGGGCUGCCAUCUAUCACAAAUACUACCACUACUUGUACACAACCUACCUUCCAGCCAGUCUGAAGACCAUGGUUGACCAGAUGUCUAACUGCGAGGACAUUCUGAUGAAUUUCCUGGUGUCCUCAGUCUCGAAGCUACCACCAAUCAAGGUCACCCAGAAGAAACAAUACAAGGAGACUAUGAUGGGACAGAGUUCCCGGGCAUCUCGCUGGGCAGACCCGGACCACUUUGCCCAGCGUCAGACCUGCAUGAACAAGUUUGCCAGCUGGUUUGGCACCAUGCCUCUGGUUCAUUCUCAAAUGAGACUGGACCCAGUCCUUUUCAAAGACCAGGUGUCCAUACUGCGGAAGAAGUACAGGGACAUUGAGAGGCUAUAACCCUCCAGAGCCCCCCCGCUCCCCGGACACACAUAGACAGAGCGAGGGGGCAGGUACAUAGAGAAACUCUGAGCCUUUGCAUGGAUGGAUCAGUGCAGAAGCAAAUGGGAUUGGUUACAGGGGGAGAGGAGGAAAAGAAAGUAGAACAGAUGUGGAUGACAUCACAUUCUUUGGUCUCCUUGGUUGUGUCCUCCACCGUUGCUCUUUUCCUGCCUUUCUUAUGUGUAUUGGGGGAUAACUGAGCACACAGGUCCCUCUACAUACACACAAACUGAAGGACACCUGAGCACUUUAAAACUGCUCGACUUUGAACUGAAAUGGUCAAAGUCAGAGGAAAUCAUAGCUCGCUGCUUCAGUGUCCCAACAGUGACAAACCACUCCAACCCACUGAAAAAGGCUGUCUUGCUCAUUACGCUCUGUACAAGUUUUUGCAGACAGAACACUAUUGAUAAUUAUGACUAUGAAGAGGAUAACACUAUUUUGGAUUGUGUUUAGCUAUUUUUUUUACACAGUGAAAGAAUGGCCAGCACUGCUCUCUCUGUAUUGUCUUAAUUAAAACCAAUAGCAGGGUGGGUGAGGAGAGGAAUGAAAACUCCUCGAUCACAGAUAUGAUGAUGGCUGAUAUUCACAGUGCCUCAAGUUUAUCGAAUGGCAGUGGGAUCUGGGUUUGAGAAAAAGACUUGGUGCAGGAUGAGCACCUUGAUCCUGCUGCUUUUUUGUUCUUAAUUUGUGAUUUAAUUGAUGAAGCAAUGAUAUUGGAUGAAAUUUUUCAGGUCAGCGUUCACAUGUAUUCCUCUCUGAAGAGUAAUGAACAGUUUUUUUAGUCAAACUGACAAACACAAUUUUCAUUACGUGACAUUCUGAACAUUUUCUUCCUGGUUU